AUGCUGCCCAGAACGACGAGCAGACGGUUUUGCAUCUCCGCCAAAGGAACCCGUGAAGCCUGGUUAUUUAUUGAUUCAGUCUUUCCCAUCCAAAUAGCUAGAUGGGAGCAUUAUUUAGGUCUCGUUCGCGAAGAAAACCUUCUGGAGACUCUUCAUGCUAGGCUUGGAAAUGUUACAUCCCACAAAUUCAGUGUCGUCGCACUCGAGCCACAGCGGAAAGAUGGAGGCGUCUUUGUCAGGUUUUCAUAUUCUCCCAUUAACCCCGAGGAAGACAACGACAAGGCACUCGAACAAAUUGAAGCUGCGGUUAUGGAGGAAGCUGACAAACACUCUGGCUUGCCGUCCUUGCUGGGUUUUACGGGAGGGAGAGCUUGGGUGGUGAAAGGAACCCCGUGGAAGGAGGACAUGAAUCGCUUUGCCUCUCCCAUCCUAAAGAUCGCGUUUGAAGGAACAGAUGUGUCUGAACAAGCCCUUUACCAACUUUGCCGUCCGUAUGGCCGUAUUCGCGAUUUGACGCCUGCUGGCUCUGUUCCCGCUGGUGCCCUGCGUUUUACAACAAUUACCUUCCAACGCCUUCAAUCAGCUGCCAUAGCGCGGAACGUCAUCCAUGGUUUAAAUUACCCUUCCGGCUCUACGAGUCCGACCCGCUUGCGUGUAGCUUAUCAAAAGCCCAUUCAAGCACACGCCAUCCGCGACUGGAUGUCUAGCCAUCCGAAGAUCAUGUUACCACUUCUGGUAUUUUUGUUCGGAACGUUGACAUAUACGAUAUUCGAUCCAAUUCGCUCGUUCAUGAUAGAAGGGAAGAUGCUGGAAUGGUUCGAUUAUCGAAAAUUCAAGCUUUACCGGUGGCUUCAAGUUAGCACUUUUGGACGCUUUGUAGGCACUUUGGACUCCUCCACCGUGAAAGAAACUUCACCUGCGGCUGUGUGGCAAGAGCGAAAAGAAGCUGAGACUGGGAUGAAGGCGUAUCUCACGGAUACACCCACGACAGUUGCCUUUGUUCAUGGUCCUCAAGGCAGCGGAAAAUCCAGGAUGCUAGGCACAAUUGUCGAGGAGACUGGGAGAACAACACUCAUCAUUGAUUGCAAAGACCUACAAAGCGCCACGACCGAUUCGCAACUUAUUGGGGCGCUGGCGGCACAAACGGGUUAUUGGCCUGUUUUCACUUUCCUAAACUCAAUGAACAACUUGAUCGAUCUUGCGAGCAUCGGAUUGAUUGGACAAAAGACUGGCUUGAGCAACUCGCUCUCUGACCAACUGAAAGAGGUGUUAUCUGCAACCGAGACAGCAUUAAAAGGUGUCACGUCAUCCCAUCGAGCUGCCAUCCAACGCCAGAUCAAGAAUGACGAGAAAAGAGAAGUCUCUCGUAUUCAAGCAGAACGAAGAAGGAACCAGAUUCGCCAGGGCGUUUGGCACGAUGGAAGGUUGGAUUGCGUCGCAGGGAAUGGAAUCAUGAGUGAACUCGGUGUAGGUGAUGAAAGAUUUGAUGAAGCAGAUGCUGUGUCUUUCACAGCAAAGGAGCAUUCUGAAAACGAAGAGAAAACGGGCCAAUACCAACAGCAUUUUGAUACUGUGAAUGCACUGCCUGUUGUGGUGAUCAGGAAUUAUACCACCAAGAUAGGGUCGGAUCGAGAGGAAUUGCUGACUGUGCUCGCCCAGUGGGCUGCGUCAUUGGCUGAAAAGCAGAUUGCCCAUGUCAUCGUCACCAGCGACAACCGGGAGAACUCCAAGCGCCUUGCAAAAGCAUUACCUUCUAAACCCCUAUACACGAUCGCGUUGUCGGAUGCAGACGCUUCUGGUUCUCUAGCUUUCUUAAAGCAAAAGCUUGGAUACACAGGGAUGGAUAUUGCAUUUUCCGCCGAGCAGACAAAGUGCGUGAGACGUCUCGGUGGUCGGGCAAGUGAUCUUGAAAGUCUGAUUCACAAGAUGCGGAACGGACAAUCAGUUGAAGAAGCCGUUGAGGAGAUUAUUAACCAAGGGGUUAGUGAGCUGCGGAAAAAUGCAUUUGGGGAUGAUGUGGACGACGCGAAAGGUCUACUGUGGACAAGGGAACAAGCAUGGAAGGUCAUCCGGCUACUAUCUCAACAGCCAGAGGUGCCUUACUACGAUGUAUUGGUGGACUUUCCUUUCAAAGGAGACGAGACCGCUUUGAGAGGCAUGGAGCAUGCAGAGUUGAUUUCUAUUAGCACACAUGAAGGUCGACCCUCAACUAUCCGUCCUGGAAAACCUGUAUUUCGAUGGGUCUUCGAACGUCUAGUGAAUGAUCGUAUUUUCCAGACUACGCAAGAUAUUGCAUUCAAUGAAAAAAUGAUUAAUGCUGCAGAGAGUUCCAUCAAAACAUAUGAACAAGAACUGAUGGUGCUUGCCGAAGUCAUCUCUGUGGAGCCCCGGCACUGGUGGGGUUUCUUCUUUGGAAUGAAAAGUGCGAGUCGCGAAAGAGCGCGAUAUUUAGCGGAGAAAAUGCUCGCUGCAGGGGGGAAGCUAGAAAGACUGGAGAGAAAAAAUGUUGAACUGAAGAAACUGCUCGCCAAAGCCUGA